AUGCGGCUGAAACCGCCGAAAACGUUUCGGCUAUUGUCCGUCCUUUUGUGUCUGCUCCCCGUGAAAUGGGCGAAAAACUUUGAGCAACGAUCGGAUUGCGUCGAAAAUUGUUCGCAUUUGGACACGAGUCACGAGUUUGGCGACUGUCUGACAAAGUGUUCGCGUCGGCCGCGCAACGACAAUAUCGCCGAGAUGAACUGUGCGUUUUUGCGGGUUACGGUAUUCUUCCAUUCAGCCGAUGCACCAUAUGACGAUUUUUCAAGGCUUUGCGUAUUGCUGGCCGAUGCACCAUGUGCUGAUUUUUAAAAGAUUUCUGAACACGUCUAAAACAUCGGGCUAUUCGAUUUUUGCCCACUUUCCCGGCCGAUGCACCAUGUUCGAUCAAAAUUCCAAUAAUUCUCGAUUCCAUUCAACUAAAAUUGUGGCCGAUGCACCAUGAGGUCUGUUAAUCGUUGGGCUUUACGUCGAUGCACCAUGUUUUUGUGCGACAUGUUGGUUUACGUGCUAACGACCUUCUGGUCGAUGCACCAUGUGCAUUUUUUUUUUGAAACUUGACAGUGAGACCUAUAAAAUAUGUAAAAAUUGGUCGAUGCACCAUGAAAAGCGGUGCUUUUUGAUCGAGUUCCCUCCAAUUUCAAAAAAAUGUUUCGCCUAUCAAUAAUUCUCGGUUUAAAUCAACUACAAUUGUGGCCGAUGCACUAUGUUGGUUUACGUGCUAACGACCUUCUGGUCGAUGCACCAUGUGCAUUUUUUUUUUGAAACUUGACAGUGAGACCUAUAAAAUAUGGAAAAAUUGGUAGAUGCACCAUGAAAAGCGGCGUUUUUUGAUCGAGUUCCUUCCAAUUUGUUCCUCGGUCUCUGAGGGUCCAGAUCAUGUGCACCUGACCCCGAGUCGAUCAUCACAAAUUUACGAAAAGUGUACACAUGGUUCCCUGGGAGCCGGAGUCGCCAGAAAUUGUUGAGAAGGGACACAAAGACAACUGUCCCCGCGAGUUUUUAUGAGUGAAGACAGAGAGAGAGAGAGAGAGAGAGAGAGAGAGAGAGAGAGAGAGAGAGAGAGAGAAGAAGAUUCACGAGCUGCACUUUGAUUAGUUAACGGACGGACGGCUGACGGGAAUGAAGAAGAAAAGAGAAAGAGAGAGCAAAAUUACGAAUGGACUCCCCCCCGAAUUCCAUUCAUCAUCAGAACUUGAGAGAAGGAACAAAAAAGUGUAUGGUGCAUCGGCGCGCCGGAGACCAAAUGCCGACAAUAGCUACCGUAACCCGAAAAUCAUCGUGUUCCAGUGUUCGCCUACCCGCCCACCGAUGUCGACAUCAAAACCAGAGUGAUAAUGGACGGCGGAAAAAUUUUGGAAACGACAAUAUCGUGGAAGGCCGAGGAAAAAGGUGGGUUCGCACGGGCAAUUGCGAUUUUUGGCGGAAAUUCGAAUUUCAGACGCGCGGCGAGAGGGAUUCUACAUUCGAUACACUGCCGUGAAUGCCACGUGUCAAAAACAUUUUCCCGGAUAUUUCACCUCUUCGAUUGGGCCUGUAAGUUGAGCACUUUCACAAAACUUGAAAAAAAGUGAACUUUGAACGAGUAUUGUAGCUUUCGGAGAUGUCGUAGACACUUGAAAAUUGUUGAGCGUAAUCUUGACACCUAGUACUGUAUUUUUGUAGUUGACACUUUAUUUAUACGACCAAUCCCUGGGUUACUGUAGCUCUGGGAAGUUGGCAAUGAAGCGUCAACGCUUUUCGGUAGACCAAACUUCGAAGAGCUACAGUAAUUCAGUGACUAGUCUUAGAAAAACGUGGUCAAUUACAAAAAUGUAGUACUAGACACGGAAAAUAUUUUUGUAGUUGACAAGUUAUUUGUACAACCACUCCCAGGGGUACUGUAGCUCUUCAAAGUUGGGACUAUCCAAAGCACGGGUUAAUUAAUUCAUUGCCAACUUCCAAGCGCUACCGUACUCCAGGGAGUGGUCGUAGAAAAAAGUGGCCAACUACAAAAAUACAGUACUAGAUGUCAAGAUUACGCUCAACAAUUUUUUAGAAUCAAAGGACCUCUUAGAACCCUACAAUACUCGUUCAAACUGAGCACAUGUUCAAAAACUGCUCUGUAGUAGUUUGGCUCAAAUUUUUCGCAUAAAAUCCCUAAAAAAAUCCUACUGUAGCUCUAAAAUUUACCAGGAAGAACGGUCGCUGACGAUCCCGGCCGCAUUCAACGGCCACGCGCUCGUCAUCGACCACUCGUGCGCCUAUCAACUGCAGAUGCGCGCGAAACCGUACCCGCCGGGCGACGAAAAGUUCAUAGUCGAACGGCGGCAUACGGUACCCGACUGCAUCGACAAGUACUGUAGUUGUCGACCCGGUGACGUGGCACCCAUCCGCGAGGUUACCGUUGACGCCGACUUGCGCCUGAAUUGGAAGUUUGACGAGGUGCCCGGCAAGCAGUACCUCUUCUACGUCGACGUUUACGAGAGGUUCGGAUUACGGUAGUUCCACACCAGAGAUGUUGGGAAUUCCGUGUUCCGUGUUCCGUGUUCCGUGUUCCGCGUUUUUUUCAAUAUUUUUUCCGUGUUCCGUAAAAAAAAAAGUUCCGUGUUCCGUGUUCCGUGUUCCGUAGAAAUAAGUUUUUUUCCGUUUUCCGUGUUCCGUGUUCCGUAAAAAUUUCCGUGUUCCGUGUUCCGUGUUCCGUAGAAAUAAGUUUUUUUCCGUUUUCCGUGUUCCGUGUUCCGUAAAAAAAUUCCGUGUUCCGUGUUCCGUGUUCCGUAGAAAUAAGUUUUUUUUCCGUUUUCCGUGUUCCGUGUUCCGUAAAAAACAAAAUUUCCGUGUUCCGUGUUCCGUGUUCCGUAGAAAUAAGUUUUUUUCCGUUUUCCGUGUUCCGUAAAAAAAAAUUUCCGUUUUCCGUGCUCCGUGUUCCGUAGAGUAAAAUUUUUAUUCCCAACAUCUCUGUUCCACACCAAAACUAUGAAAAUUACACUGUUUACAACCAAAAUUCGCCUCAAAUUUCGUGCAUUUUCCUUUCAGAAUCGCAAUGCCACUUCUUAAAAGCAAGGACGCCGAAUCCGAAGGCGACGAGUACACUUUCCGGAUCGCAAACGGCGAAUCGUUCGAGAUUUCGUCAAAAAGCGCCCAAAUCGCGCCGAAAACUUUCCAAUUUGCGAUUCCGUUCCAAUUCGCGCCGCUCCAACAGUACAAAAUCGCAAUGUUCGCCGUCGACGACACGUUUUGCCACAACGACGACGUGUUUCACGUCUUCAACGCGACAAACGCCACGUCAUCAGGCGUGGCGGACGUUUCGCGGCUUCCAGAAGGUUCUCGACCUCCGUCCGGAUCGCCCAUCACCAAAACUACCGUACUUAUGGUCAGCGAUGGCAAAAAUUCGACCAGUUUCGAGUUUUCUUUCAGGAAUCCUCACUUUUCGUCGUUUUUCUCAUCAUCGUCGCGUGUAUGAGCCCGAUUUGCACCCUUUUUGCGCUUUUCCUAUUGAAACGGUUAGUUGUCGGGUUACUGUAGCGUCGAAAGUGUGCGAGCACGGUUGCUACGGACUUUGCACCGGAUUUGACGAUAGUUUGCGUGAAAAAUGUGAAAAUUGGCGGGUUUUGAAGCAAAUUUGUUGCAGAAGACGAAAAGAGAAGAAGAAGCGUCAUCACUUUUUGCACCGCCGGUCCCUUUCGUGCUCACGUCACAGUAUCAUCGAGACAAAUAUUCUGUAUCGGCCGCCGAACGAGGUGAACGGCAGCUCGACGGGCGAAUGGCUCAUUCGUGGACAGGAUAUUGUGGUCGGCACUGUAAUUGGUCAGUUUUUCCGAUCAAAAAAGUGCAAAAAUAUCUGCACGAAGUGGGAUUCGAACCCACGCACCCAUACGAGUACCAGAACACCCAGAAGACCUCGAGCUCGAGGCAAGCGCACGCUUGAGUCUGGCGCCUUAGACCACUCGGCCAUCCGUGCACAUUUAGCAGACCAGGCGGAGGGCGGUUAAGAACACGCCGGCACGCGCUGCCGGCCGACAAAAAUUGCUAACCUUUGAACAGAUAUUGUCGCUUUCCGAGAUGUGGUGUGGGUCUAAAAUUUUUUGAGCACAAUCUUGACACUUAGUACUACAAUUUUUCAGUUGACCACAUUUUUGUACGGUCACUUCUAAGAGUGCUGUAGCUUUUGGAAGUUGCAAUAGAAACUCAACUUCCGCGAGCUACAGUACUUCAGGGAGAGGUCCUACCAAAAUAGUGUCAACUACAAAAAUAUAGAACUAAGUGUGAAGACAUUGUAAAAAAAAAUUGAGAGCUUCACGACGUCUUAGAACACUACAAUACUCGUUCAAAGUUGGUCAAUUUUUGCCAGCUAAAACAGAUAUUGUAGAGUAAAUAAUUCGGUGCCUACCUACCGUAACCCACUUUUUUCCAGGAGAAGGCGCGUUCGGACAAGUGUUCAAAGGGAUCCUGCGGGCGCCGAACGGUCAAGUGGUCCCAGUGGCCGUGAAGCAACUAAAAGCGAAUGCGAUCGACGAGGAGAAGGAGGAAUUCGUGCGCGAAAUUCAAAUGAUGCAAACGGUAUAGGGGAUACUGUAGGCGGAUUACUGUAGCUCUCGCGUUUGACAGGUCGGACAACACGACAAUAUCGUGACCAUGUACGGAUGUUGUAUGGACGAGCAGUUGCAGUGCAUGAUUAUGGAGUACGUGCCGUACGGAGACCUCAAACACUAUUUGCAGAAUAUGCGAAAGGAGAAGGUUAGGGUUACGGUAGUUCGAAAUCUGUGCAAACACCGUCACCGCGUACUUUGCACCAAAUCGGAGCGCGUCGUUUCAGGAUCCCGAAUCCGCCAUCGAACCGUCCGAAUUUCUGGCGUUCGCCGGUCAAAUCGCGUGCGGAAUGGCCCAUCUCGAGUCGGUCGGUAUUAUCCAUCGUGAUUUGGCGGCCCGCAACAUUCUCGUCGGCACCGGCAAAGUCCUCAAAAUUUCCGAUUUCGGAAUGUCGCGACCCGGCGUUUAUAUCAAAAUGAGCAAAGGUACGGUUCGCCCCAAAAUAUUUUUAAAUGAAAGAAAUCUGUUUUCAGGAGUGAUUCCGUUGCGUUGGCUGUCGCCGGAGGCCAUCAAAGACAACACCUAUUCGAAUAAAAGCGAUGUUUGGGUGCGUUUCGCACUUCUUUUUUUCCGGGGCGGUUACUGUAGCGCCGAAAGUGUGCAAACACCGUCACCACGCACUUUUUCCAGGCGUUCGGAGUGCUUUUGUGGGAGAUUGCGACUUUGGGCGGAUUUCCGUACAACAACGUGGCCGACAAGGACAUUUUGAGCCAGUUGACCGACGGAAUGCGAUUGGAGCAACCGCCCAAGUGCUCCGAUGAAAUGUGGGGGCGGGAAAACACGCGAAAAUUGAAAAUGGACUCAUUUUUUUCAGGUACAUUUUGAUGAAAUCGUGCUGGAACUUGAAAUCCGAAGACCGUCCCUCGUUUUUGUCGAUUCUGAGCAAGUUGGAGCACAUUUCGGCUUCGGACUCGGACGCUCCGCCUUCGGAUCCGCCCGCCAAAAAUUGA